AUGCCUUUAGUUUCACUUGAAGAAGUUGUUGAAAAAUUCGUUGAUCUAUUACCCACUAUACAGAGUCACGCUUAUAUUGCCAAACAAAAACGUAAGAAACCAGCUGAUGGAUUGUCUCAAGAUGAGUCAGCCUCAAUUAUGCUCUAUACAAUGGGAUGGGAACCACUUGACGAAUGUCUUUACUUCGUUCUAAAUGAUAUAUUACGUUCAGCCGAUCGACAAAAACUUAAACCAUGGUUUCUUUAUUUGAGACUUUUUCUCAGCGGACUUCUUCGUCUUCCAUUGAUUCGUGAUGCUGUACAGAGAGGUAUCAAAAUGGGAGAGACAAUAAUAUGA